AAUGUGCGCGAUUACAGUGGUGUCGGGUGAGGGGUCAUAAAUUGAAACAGACUCCCCACAUUUGCAUACAGUAUUUCCCCUCUGCACAGCUCAAAGACAACAUGACCCUGUGCACUUUGGCUGAGCUCUGACCGCUCAGUGACCGCUCUGACCGCCCUGCUGCAGCUGGACUGUCCUCCGGAGCCUCUGUCCUCCUCUGUCCCUCAGUCCGGGCCCCGUGUGUCCUGCUGCUGGCCGCUCCUCGCUCCUCUUCCUCCGGAGGUCCGGAGACACGCGCUGAGCCAUGCGACAGUGGAGUGUCCCCGCUGCGACCCCGCGCACCGAGCCACUCCCGGGCUGCCUCUCCGUGUCACCCCCCCCUGCAGAUGCCACGAUGGAAUGCUGUGAAGUGGAGCCACGUUACACCAUCGAACAGAUCGACCUCCUGCAGCGCCUCCGCCUGUCCGGGAUGACCAAACCCCAGAUCAUCCACGCCCUGGAGUCUCUGGAGCGGCUGGACCCGGACACACGCCCCGCCCACUGCGACGCGAACUCCGCCCCCUCCCAAAACAACAACAACAACAACGGCAGCGCCCACACCACAUCUUCAUCCUCCUCUGCCUCCUCGCUGUCUCUGGCCUCCGCCACCACCCAAACCUCCGGCCUGGACGGAGCGGCGCUGUCUCCCAGCAACAGCUACGAGGCUUCACCCCCGCCGCUCUACCCCCCAACGGUGGCGGUUCAGAGGUCAUUCAGCUACGAUAUGAUGGGAGAAGAGGAGUGGGACCUUGAAGAGAAAGUGGAGGAGUACAUGAGACGGGACAGUAACCUGGUGAAGGAGGAGAUCAAGGCCUUCCUCAACAACCGCAGAAUCUCUCAGGCAAUAGUUGGACAAGUGACGGGCAUCAGUCAGAGCUACAUCUCCCAGUGGCUCCUGCAGCAGGGGCUGGAGAUGAGCGACUCCAAGCGCAGAGCCUUCUACCGCUGGUACCUGCUGGAGAGGAACAACCCAGGGCUGAGGUGGAGCGAAAACCAGCACAGCGUGAGCCCCUCGUCCAGGGGCAGGGGAGGAGACAGCACCCCCCAGCUCCUCCCCAACCCCAACACCACCCUGAACCCCAACGCCGCCCCGCUGUGGAGCAGGCAGAGGGAGCUGCUCAUGCACCUGCUGCCCUGGUACAACGCUACCGCCGCUGCCUCACAGACUAACACAGGAGCCACUUUGUCCAUGCGCUCGAUGGUGAAGGAGGAGCCGGACUGGAGGACGGGCAUCAUGACGGGGGAGAGGACCGGGAUCGUGGGCGGACCUUUAAGGCUGCGCCGAGGGAGUCGCUUCACCUGGAGGAAAGAGUGUCAGUCCAUCAUGGAGAGUUUCUUCAUCGAGAAUCAGUAUCCGGACGAGGCCAAGCGAGAGGAGAUCGCCAACACCUGCAACUCGGUCAUUCAGAAACCAGGAUGUAAACUGUCGGAGUUUGAACGUGUGACGGCGCUGAAAGUUUACAACUGGUUUGCCAAUCGCCGAAAGGAGAUGAAGAGAAGAGCCAAUAUCGAAGCUGCCAUUUUAGAAAGCCAUGGGAUCGAGGUGCCAAGUCCGAGCUGCCAUUCGAACGGAGAAGAGGUGGAGAUGCACGAGUUCGCUGAUCAGGUGAACCACCGCUUUGUCGAGCAAGUCAUCCACGAGGACGGCUCGGUCCAGAGGUUGGGAGACCCACAGGACUCUGCGACGGACGGCGCCUCUCUACCGAGCCCCGCCCCUCAGCUGCAGGAACACAAGGAGGAGCUGUCCAAACGGGAGGCCGUGGACGAGGAGUGACACGAGCUGACGGCACAAUCAUGUUUAAGCAAAUGUAACGAGCAAACCAAACAUGUCCAGCCACACGGCGCGGCGUGGGGCGGCGUGCGAGCCUUGUGGGUGCAGUGUGCCCUAUAAUCAAAGGGAGACGGGUGCUGAAGCUUGAGGCGCCUCCGACGAGGAGAGGCCUCCGUAUUUAUCAACAGUAAUCCUGCUUAUAUUUACGGCAAUAUACAGUAUACAUGUAUAUUUAUAAUGGUAUAUAAUGCAGUUCAAGAUGGUAUUAAUCAGCCUAAACUCUUAGUUGGACGAUUAUGUAAAAAUACCUCGCCCAUUUUAAGCUCCUUUACUUUUCUUCUGUCUUCCUGAGUUUCCACAGCGGCUGUCGGCUGAGCCUGCGGGUCAGGUGCUCUGGGGACAAAGGUUAAACCGAUGACGGUGUUUCUAAUGUGAACAUCAAACCCUGAGGCUCUGCUGGACUCAGGGAACAGCGGAUCAGAGCAGAACAGUACGGCGCUUCUAUAAAUACUUUUGUGUUUUUGUUUAACCAAACUAUAAUAUUCACGAUCUUAUUUAUACCUCUUUGUAUCAGCAGAACAAGCCUCAGAAUAUUUGAUCAUUUUAUGAGUGAAUGCGAUGAUUCUAUUUGUCCGCUUGUGAAUAGCUUCCGUUUGAUUUCAGGCACAGAAACGCUCGACUAGUGAACUCAGAUGUUUCUUACUUCAGUGUUAGAUCCGUAUAAACUAAUGUGAGUAUCCAGGUGCUUCACACACGCACAUCAUGUUAAUGUUUUUAUGUGAGCAGAAUAAGCUAAAGCUCAAAGCUCCAAUGAUCGACUGCAAAGCUUCAAAGCUUCAAAGCACCUCAGAGUGACCUCACUCUACAGGAGCUGCUCUGUCCUUCGUCCAGAGAGCGCCCCCUGUGGAGCGCUCUUUAAAUUCAAUGUAAAAUAUUUGACUUGAAUAAUGUUUUUGUUUUUUCUGUUUUCCCCUGUAUCGACCGCGUGGCCCAAGGCCGCCGUUCGUCCUCACGGUUCAUAUAAUGAACUCAUGCUUUGUUUGUGAAGCGCCCCCUGUGGGCGUGGCCAUGUUACCUCUUAAUGCCAAAGCUAUGCCAAGGUAGAAACGAGCUCCAGACUCAGACUGUGCAGCAGCAGGACUCAGUCCGACCACAUUGUACCUGAUUAUGUAGAUUCUAUGCUCAGUACAACACUAGCCAACUCUAGCUUACCUCAGACUCACGCGUCAUGACCGAGACGCCAUGACACGGACUUUAUGUAGCAGCGCGAGACGGGUUCCCCUGAACGACUCCCCUGACUCCUCUGAACGACUCCUCUGAACGACUCCUCUGAACGACUCCUCUGAACGACUCCUCUGUACGACUCCUCUGUACGACUCCUCUGAACGACUCCUCUGUACGACUCCCCUGAACGACUCCUCUGAACGACUCCCCUGAACGACUCCUCUGAACGACUCCUCUGAACGACUCCUCUGUACGACUCCUCUGUACGACUCCUCUGUACGACUCCUCUGUACGACUCCUCUGAACGACUCCUCUGAACGACUCCUCUGAACGACUCCUCUGAACGACUCCCCUGAACGACUCCUCUGACUCCCCUGAACGACUCCCCUGAACGACUCCUCUGAACGACUCCCCUGAACGACUCCUCUGACUCCUCUGAGCGACUCCUCUGAACGACUCCUCUGAACGACUCCUCUGUACGACUCCUCUGAACGACUCCUCUGUACGACUCCUCUGAACGACUCCUCUGUACGACUCCUCUGUACGACUCCUCUGAACGACUCCCCUGAACGACUCCCCUGAACGACUCCUCUGAACGACUCCUCUGACUCCUCUGAACGACUCCCCUGAACGACUCCUCUGACUCCUCUGAACGACUCCCCUGAACGACUCCUCUGUACGACUCCUCUGAACGACUCCUCUGUACGACUCCUCUGUACGACUCCUCUGAACGACUCCUCUGAACGACUCCUCUGACUCCUCUGAACGACUCCUCUGUACGACUCCUCUGUACGACUCCUCUGAACGACUCCUCUGAACGACUCCUCUGACUCCUCUGAACGACUCCUCUGAACGACUCCUCUGUACGACUUCCCUGGACGACUCCUCUGUACGACUCCCCUGAACGACUCCUCUGUACGACUCCUCUGAACGACUCCUCUGUACGACUCCUCUGUACGACUCCUCUGUACGACUCCUCUGAACGACUCCUCUGAACGACUCCUCUGACUCCUCUGAACGACUCCCCUGAACGACUCCUCUGUACGACUUCCCUGGACGAUUCCUCGGGACGACUCCUUUGAGUCACUCCACUGGAUGACUCUUCCGACUCCUUUGGGUGACUCGACUGGGCAACUCUACUAGACGACUUCUCUGGGCGACUCCUCUUGACUCCUCCUCUGACUCCUCCUCUUGACUCCUCCUCUGACUCCUCUGGGUGACUCCUCCUCUUGACUCCUCCUCUGACUCCUCUGGGUGACUCCUCCUCCUGACUCCUCCUCUGACUCCUCUUGACUCCUCCUCCUCUGACUCCUCCUCCUCUGACUCCUCCUCCUCUGACUCCUCUUGACUCCUCCUCUGACUCCUCCUCCUCUGACUCCUCUUGACUCCUCCUCUGACUCCUCUUGACUCCUCCUCUGACUCCUCCUCCUCUGACUCCUCCUCUGACUCCUCUUGACUCCUCCUCUGACUCCUCUGGGUGACUCCUCCUCUGACUCCUCUUGACUCCUCCUCUUGACUCCUCCUCUUCACUCCUCCUCUGACUCCUCUUGACUCCUCCUCUUGACUCCUCCUCUGACUCCUCCUCUGACUUCUCCUCUUGACUCCUCCUCUUCACUCCUCCUCUGACUCCUCUUGACUCCUCCUCCUCCUCCUCCUCCUCCUCCUCCUCAGCUCUCAUGUGAGACUUUGGACACAGUUUCCAGAGUUUUGCUCCUCGUUGUGAUGGUUCUGC